AUGAAUAUCUGCCAGCCGAAAACCGACCGUGACUACAUCCCCAUUUCAGACCACGGCCUGAUUGGAAAUUUGCAUACUGCGGCGUUGGUUAGCAUCGACGGUUCAGUUGAGAGCUACUGUGUGCCAAACUUUGAUUCCCCGUCUGUCUUCGCACGGAUUCUGGACCAAGAUAAAGGGGGUCAUUUCUCGAUCACGCCUAAGGUUCCGUUUACCACCAAACAGAAUUAUCUUCCGAGUUCCAAUGUCCUUCAAACCAAGUUCAUGAAUGAGCAAGGCGUUGUUAGCGUCACAGGUUUGGCUAUCGUAUCUAACAUCUAUUCAUCCUUGACGUGCUUUCCAGAUUUUCUGCCUCGUCAGAAAACAUCUGAAGGCUUUCCAGCGACUGCAACACAGCCUUUACUUCACUGGCUCAUCAGACGCGUCGAGUACGAGGAACGAUCCCUUGAGCUAUGGAAUGAUGACCCCUCUAGCUCUGUCCCUCAGAUGAAGGCGACGUUCGUGUCGAAGGAUUGCGCUUUAGACUUGAGAUAUGUCGUCGAUAGUACUAUGGAUAAUGUUGCCUGCCCAUCAGUCGAACUGUGCUUCCUUGAUUUGUCGGCUAAGGGGCAUAAAGGUCUUGGAGUACAUGCAGACCUAUCUCUAGAGGAGGGUCAAUGCGUAUGGUUCAUUUUACGCAUCCCACCAGUCUUAACGUCUACGAGAAAUGAGGGUCUUGGAACGAACUUUCUGCCUACUACAGCAGCUGGUGAUCCACCCUUGACCAAAGAGCUUAUGCAUGGUUUGCUCCUUACCACAAUCAAAUACUGGGUUGAUUGGAUUAGGCACUCAUCUUACAGUGGUUCAUGGAAAGAAGCAGUUCACAGAAGCGCCUUAGCUUUGAAGCUUCUCAUUUUUGAGCCAACUGGCGCUGUUGUGGCUAGCCCUACUUUCAGUCUACCGGAGUAUAUCGGAGGCACCAGGAACUGGGAUUAUCGUGCUUCGUGGAUUCGGGACUCAUCGUUUACUCUGUAUGCCCUCAUACGACUGGGAUUCACUCAUGAAGCAAACGCUUACAUGGAAUUCAUUUUCGAACGUCUACGACACAAGAACGACGAUGGAAGCUUGCAGAUAAUGUACACGAUCCACGGCGGCAAGGAUCUCGAAGAAAUCGAGCUUAACCAUCUUGAUGGACACAAAGGUUCUAAGCCUGUUCGAAUUGGAAAUGGUGCUGCAGAUCAUCUACAAUUGGACAUCUACGGCGAACUCAUGGAUUGUAUUUAUCUUGGUCAGAAGUUUGGCCGGCCUUUGGGCUACGACGACUGGGUCCUUGUUCGUGAACUAGUCGAUUACGUCGUCGCAAACUUGAAGAACCCUGAUUUGUCUAUAUGGUUCGCGCCAUCUUUAAACGUCCAUUCUUCUAAUAUCCCCCGAUCAUUUAGGGAAGUAAGAAAUAAGAAGCGCCACUUCACAUAUUCCAAGAUGAUGCUGUGGGUGGCCAUCGAUCGAGGUUUGCGGCUGGCCGAUAAGCGCUCGCUUCCGUGUCCUCAGCGCUACAAAUGGCUAGAAGCUCGGGACUUUUUGUACGAAGAAAUCAUGCAAAAGGCUUGGAACCCGGAGAAACAGCACUUUGGACAAAGCUACGAGGAGACUCACGUCCUAGACUCUGCACUACUCAUUAUGCCGCUCGUGUUCUUCAUGCAAGGGUCGGACCCCAGAUUUGUCAGUACCUUGAAACAGAUAUUGAAAACGCGAGAGAGGGGGGGUUUGACAUCAAAUAAUCUUAUCUUCCGUUAUGACGUACAUAAAUCCGAUGAUGGUGUCGGCGGGGAGGAAGGAACUUUUUGCUUGUGUACGCUCUGGGGUGUUGAAGCACUCACCCGUGCCGGGCAAUACGAUAGGACUAUGCUUCCCAAGGCUGUUACGAUGUUUGAGGAUUUCCUUCAAUAUCUUAACCAUGUUGGUCUAUGCACUGAGGAGGUAUCUGAGGCAGGGGAAGGGCUGGGUAAUGCUGUUCAAGGAUUUACGUGA